AUGACAACUUAUGAAAUGAUGAGGAGGUGCUGGGAUGCGGAUCCGAACGUUCGACCGACGUUCUCUACGUUGAGCGCAUGGUUCGGGGAAAUGCUACAUGAAUCUGAGCGUCUGUACUACAUGGAAAAAAACAAGCCGUUUGAGGAAAAGAACGCAGAGUACUUUCGAAACCAGACGGACUACUUAAAAAUGACAGCAAGUAAUACCGAUAAUGAAUACCUUCGGCCGCUGGGAAAACCUCGUGCAUACAGGGAAAAAGAAUAUAUUCCAAAAACUCCCAAAUAUAUGAACUCGGAGUGUUUUCAGACGGAGAUGGAUGACCUAGAGAGUAGGGGCGCCACAAUACAAGAUAACCUACAGGAAGCAGAGGAACCGCUGAUGCAAAAAUAAAUUCCCUGAGCACAUGCAAAUAUGCAAGACUAUAAAGCGCCAC